CAGUUUUGAGUCAUCAGUGUUCUCAGUUGGGUCUUUCUGAAAAGUGUGAGGGAAAAUGUCAUUCCUUUAUUUCCAGGAACCUUGGCAUAGGAGACCAUGGACAAAUAUGAUGUGAUCAAGGCCAUCGGAGAAGGUUCCUAUGGGAAAGCGUACUUGGCCAAGGGGAAAGCAGAUAACCAGCCCUGUGUUAUCAAAGAGAUCAGUUUUGCCAAGGGCUCCCGUUCUUGCCGCGAGUGCUCAAACCAGCACGGUCUGAUCCAGAAAUACGGCCUUAAUAUGUGCCAAAGCAACAGCCUGUUCAUUGUGAUGGAGUACUGCGACGGCGGGGACCUCAUGGAAAGGAUCAGGAGGCAACACGGACUGUUGUUUCGUGAAGAUCAGAUCCUGGGCUGGUUUGUGCAGAUUUCUCUGGGCCUCAAACACAUUCAUGACAGGAAGAUCUUACACAGGGAUGUCAAAGCACAGAACAUCUUUCUCAGCAAGAAUGGGACGGUGGCAAAGCUCGGAGACUUUGGCAUAGCACGGGUCCUGAACACUUCCACGGAACUCGCUCGGACUUGGGUUGGAACGCCGUACUACCUGUCCCCGGAGAUCUGUCAGAAACAACCGUACAACAAUAAAACGGAUAUUUGGUCUCUUGGCUGUGUCUUAUAUGAGCUCUGCACACUGAAGCAUCCUUUUGAGGGUAGCAACUUACACCAGCUGGUUCUGAAGAUUUGUCAAGCACGCUUUGCCCCAAUCUCGCCACGAUUUUCUUAUGACCUACGGUCCCUGAUAGAUCAGCUCUUCAAAGUGUCCCCUCGAGAUCGACCAUCUAUUAAUUCAAUCUUGAAAAAGCCCUUUUUGGAGAAGCUUGCCAUCCACUAUUGGGCUUCUGAGGUCAUACGAAAAGAAGCCAGUCCCAUGCACAUAGCAAGACCUCCAGCACCACGACCUCCCGGGAAGGCAGUCCAGGCUUCUAAAGUGAAGAAAGAGCGAGUCCGGGGUAAGGGCCCACCAAGACCAAGGCCGUCCGUGCCAAUAAAAAGGAAGGACGUGGCACGCAGCAGCGAAUGGAGACCGCCGCCGCCGGGAGCCCCCAAGCCUCCAUCUAUAAAAUUGAUAGAAAGGUCCCAAGUGGCUGCAGUGUGUGGACACUAUGAUUAUUACUAUGCUCAACUUGACCUGUUAAAGAAGCGAGCCCAUGAACCAAGUUAUCACGGUGUUCCUCAAAAGGACCCUGGAGUUGAGUACCAUGACCAAGAAGAAAGCCGGAGCCCGUCACCAGGUCAAUGGGCUGCUGACUACCUGCAGAGGAGACUUGAAGCUCAACAACAUAAGUUGAAAGUGGAAAAGCAAUUGGGUCUUCGUCCUUCUUCUGCUGAGCCAAAUCAGAAUGAGAGGCAGAAACUAAGAGGGAAUGGAGAAAAGCUUAUGUUCCAGGAUCUGCAGCCCAGAAGAAAUAAAAUGAAGGAACAUGAAUAUUGGAAGCAGUUAGAGGAAAUACGCCAAGAGUAUCACAGUGACAUGAAAGCAAUUAGAAAGAAGAUGGGGCGAGAACUGGAGGAGGAUCCAAAAAUUGAUCAGAGAACCUACUUGGUGAAGAAAAGUAACUUGCCCAUCAACCAGGAAGCACCCAAGGAAUUGUCACCUGUGCAGGGUAUUGAAAGAAACUUGAAGCACAUUAGGCUUCAGAAUAUAAAGGAAAGUACAAUUCCAGAACAGAAACAUAAAGUUAAGAGAGGGAUAAAGUUUGAAAUUAAUUUAAGCAACUGUAUUUCUGAAGAAAAUAACCUACCAGAGGAAGAGGCAGUUGACAGACUAAACGAAACGCUGACCUUUGCGGACGGGCUGAAGUUUAAGGAAGACCUCCUAAGGAAACAGCACGAGGAUAACACAGAUGGAGCGUUUGAAGAACUCUGUUGCCCAGAAGCAGACUCAGAGCUGCUCAGCCAUGAAGCUGCUGCUGCUGCAGAAAACAGGAGGCAGUGGGAGGCGGGCGCCCCACAGACCCUGCUGCGACUGAUGGCCGAAGCUGAUGUCACCUCCACCUCCACCUACCCCAGCGAGCCUGCAGAUGGCCACGUGGUCGUGCUUGAUGGGGCUCUGGAGAACAGGAAACAGUGGCAGCAUGAAGCGCCAGGGACCUUAAUGGCUGUCUUGGCCGAAGCACAUCUGCUGAGUCGCUCAUUUUCGGCAAAUGAAGGAAAAGUUGAAGAGGAGGGUACGGUGGAAGUAACCUGCGGCAUCGAACUAGAUGAAGAACGACUGGAACCCAGAUCUGAUGAUGAAGAUACGAAUUUUGAAGAAUCUGAGGAUGAGUUGAUCGAUGUAGUGGAAUCCCUAGAAAAACUUGCUCUUGCCAAGGAGGAAGAGAUAGAAGAAAAAGCUUCAGGUUCUUCUGAGGAUGCGGACAAGUCGGAAGAACGAGGAGAGAGAAGCACUCAGAAACAUGAAGAGAUAAGAGAAUGUGCGGAGAGCAUUCCGACUCCAGCUAAUGUUCCGGAGCCAUCUAAUGCGAUGGACUCCACUUAACACCAUCCAAAAUGCUGCUGUUGAUGAAAUCCAGGGGACAUUAGCAACCACUCAGAAUAGACAGCUGAGAUUUUUCCCCUCAAUAAAUUAGCAUGUGUUAACUCUCAGAUCCAUGACCAAUGCCAUCUUCUCAUUUUGGUGCAGAGGUCUCACCAGUCAUUCCAAGGAUUUGUUCCUUUUCCUUCACUUAGACAAUAGAACUAACCUUUGAGCCUGGAAACUAAGAUAUGUAUUUUAAAAAUUCUAUUCAGCAAUCUUUCAGAUAGAUGUGGCAGGUGAAUGAUGCCCUUUCCCCUGUGAAAAGGUGCCAGUAAGGCUGCAGGUGGAGCUGAGGUUGUUAAUCAACUGAGUUUAAAAUGAGACGAUCCUGGAUUUUCCGGGUGUCCCAGUGUCACGAGAGGGUCCUUAAAAGUGGAAGAGGGAGGCAGAAGAGCAGGAACCAGAGCGAUGGCAUCGUAAGAAAGGCCGAGGCUGGCACUACUGGUCCUGGAGGUGGAGGAAAUCACCCAUGAUGUGUGUGGCCUCCAGAAACUGGAAAAGCCAAGGAAGCCAAGUCUCCUUAGGAAGUUCCAGAGAGGUACACAGCCCUACUGACCACUGGAUGGUAGCCUGGUGAGAGUCCCUUUGGACUUCUGAACCCUGGCACAGCAAGGUAAUAGAGUUGUGUUGCU